GCAAGCAUCGCGUCUUUCUCUUUUUUAUAAUAUACAUUUAAUGAAAUAAUUAUUUCGACUUGUUUAUUAUUAGGCUAGUAUUAUCCAAUAGAAGAACGUGAUGGCUAACAGUGCUCGCGCUGCCUGGAUGAAGGCUCUGCUGCUGCUCUGUUUAUGGGAUUUGUGCUCCGCUCAGAUUUCGUACUCCGUUUCAGAGGAGGCCAAGAAGGGAACCGUUGUUGGAAAUCUAGCGAAGGAUCUUAAUCUUAAUGUACAGGAACUGGAGUCGCGCAUGUUUCAGCUUGUGACUGGAUCUAACAGCAAAUAUUUCGAGGUAAAUCGGAAAAGCGGGCUUUUAUUAGUUAAUGACAGAAUAGACCGAGAGGAGCUGUGUGAAAGCAAACAGAAAUGCGUUUUGAAUGUUGAAGCGAUGAUCCACAAUCCUCACAAGCUCUACCGUCUCGAAAUUAAUAUACUAGACAUUAAUGAUAACUCUCCAGUGUUUCCAGAUCAAACAUUUGUUUUGGAAAUUAGUGAGAAUGUGCUACAGGGAGACCGUGUUCCCUUAAAAACCGCACGUGACAUGGACAUUGGUGUUAAUUCAGUAAAAAACUAUAAAAUUAACUCAAAUGAGAAUUUCUCAUUGGAUGUACAAAGCGCUGCACAACAGAAGGUUUCGGCUGAGCUCGUGCUUCAGAAAUCUUUAGACCGGGAGAAAGAAUCGGUGAUCAGGCUCGUACUGACUGCUGUAGACGGCGGGACUCCUCCCAAAUCCGGAACAAUGCAGAUAGUUAUAAAUGUGCUGGAUAUAAAUGACAACAGUCCCAUUUUUAUGAAACCUCUUUACAAAGUCAAGGUUGAUGAAAAUGUCUCUGUAGGAACUAAAAUCCUUUCCGUUUCCGCAUCAGAUGCAGACGAGGGGGUUAACAGUGAAGUGUCAUACUCUAUCGUAAGUGAUGACGGAGAUUUAUUCUUCAUAAAUUCUGUUUCUGGAGAUAUUACAUUGAAAGGUAAUCUUGAUUUUGAAGAACAUCCUGCAUUGGAACUCAUAAUUCAGGCUCAGGACAAAGGACAUUCAUCACGAAAAUCUACAUGUAAAGUGUUAAUUGAAGUAGUGGAUGUGAAUGACAAUGCACCAGAGAUAUCAGUGACUCUGCUCAUGAGCUCCGUAAGCGAGGACAUCAAACCUGGUACAGAUGUUGCAUUAAUCACUGUAUCAGAUAAAGACAGUGGAAAGAAUGGCAAAGUUGAUUGUAAAAUUUCGGCACCGAGUCCUUUUAAAUUACAAUCAUCAUACAAGAACUAUUAUUCUCUUCUUUUAAAUGAACCUCUGGACAGAGAGCAGGUCUCACAAUAUAAUAUUACAGUUCUAGCUAAUGAUGAAGGAACUCCUUCCCUCUCGGGCAGUCAUGUUAUAACAGUACAUGUCUCUGAUGUGAAUGAUAACGCGCCUCUAUUUCCUGCAGCGGUGAUAAACAUUAGCCUGAAAGAGAAUAGUCCAGUUGGAGGCCUGUUGGCAUCACUAACGUCACGUGACUUAGAUAUCGGUGAGAAUGCACUUGUUUCAUAUUCAUUAAUUGAUACAGAGAGCAGCAGAGUGUCAAAUCUGAUGAACAUUAACUCACACACUGGUGAACUGUACAGUCUGAAGUCUUUCGAUUACGAAAACACAAAACGACUUCCGUUCAAAGUUCAAGCCACUGAUUCUGGUGUCCCUCCACUAAGUAGUAACGCAACUAUAAAUGUUUUUAUCCUGGAUGAGAAUGACAACAGUCCAGUUUUUCUUCCUCCUUACUCCGAACCUGGAUCAGUAAACACUGAGAACAUUCCCUACUCUGCUGAAGCGGGCUAUUUUGUGGCUAAAGUCAGAGCUGUAGACGCUGAUUCAGGUUAUAAUGCUCUAUUAUCUUAUCAUAUAACUGAACCAAAGGGAACGAAUCUCUUCCGAAUCGGAACCAGUACAGGAGAAAUAAGGACUAAAAGACGAAUGAGUGAUAGUGACUUAAAAACUCACCCUCUUAUCAUCACUGUCUCGGAUAAUGGAGAACCUUCACUGUCAACAACAAUGAGUAUUGAAGUUGUAGUUGUGGAAAAUCUGGACAACCUGCAGCCUUCACUAAGACAAGUGCCAGUAAAGGAGGAUAAUUCUUCUAAUCUGAAUCUCUAUUUACUCAUCGCUAUUGUCUCAGUGUCAGUGAUCUUUUUAUUAAGCCUCAUCGCUUUAAUAGCAGCAAAAUGCUACGGGACAGAGGGCGGUUUCAGCAGGUCCAGCGUUCCAGUGGUCACUACACACCCUGACGGAAGCUGGUCUUACUCUAAAUCCACUCAGCAGUAUGAUGUGUGUUUUAGCUCAGACACACUGAAGAGUGACGUAGUGGUUUUUCCCUCGCCAUUUCCACCUGCAGAUGCAGAGCUGAUCAGCAUUAAUGAAGGAGACACUUUUACUCGAACUCAGACUCUUCCCAGCACAGGGAAGGUAAGACGAUUUAUUAUUCUAAAUUAUUUGUUGAAGAGCUAG